GUCAAUAGAGCAAUGGUGGUGUUGACCUGAAGAAUUUUAUAAGCUUUUGUUCAGAGUACUAGGCGUUUAUUUUGUCCUAUACUCUUACACAAUUGCAUUUUACAAAUUAAUGUGUUACCGUUUAAUAAUGUCUUAAAUUGAGAAAUGUCCUAAAGUAUCCUCAGAUGAUUCCUAAUUUUUGUUUGUGUUUGUCUAGUUGGUAUUUCAAUACCAUGAAGAUAUAUUAAACAUUGUCUUAGUUUAGUUUUACAUAAAACUAUCAAAAUGCUUUAUGUGUUCCAUGUGGACGCUGGUCAAAUGACCACAUAUGAUAUGAACCUCACCUUGCAAAGUGUGGCCAACUUAAAACUUGCUAUAGAGAGGAAAAUCAAAGUUCCAGCAAAUUCUCUUGUCCUCCUUGUGAGUGGAGGAGAGGUGUUACAAUCAGAUCACAUAGUGUCAUCUUACAGUGCAGGCACUGACACUAAUCCUAUAUACAUGUUCAGCAAACCAUCAGUAAAAGAUAGUCGCUUGAAACAGUCAUUGGUGGGUGAUCUCAGUCCAAUUGUGGAACUGAGUACAGGAGCGUUCCGUAGUGAGACUCGAAGUGCAUUUGAAGGAAAGUCUAUUGUUGACUUGAGGAGUUCAGUUGAAAUGUGCUGUUCGUUACCACCAACUGUUCACACUGUUAUAUCAUGCGCAACAUUAGCACAGCAGUUCAGUGACCUUGCUCAUGAGGUGUCCAGGAGUUGUGACCAACUUGUUCUGGAACAGCAUUUGCAACAUCAGGGUUGGGCAGCUGUUGUUGCUAACUUAGAAGAUAUCUACAGUGAAUUUUGUGAACGGUCGAAAAGUUUCAAAGAAUCAUUUCGAAAACAACGUCUAAAAAAGGAAGAGUAUCAUGAAAUGUUAAAUACACUCAAUGACGUAUUAAAAAGUUUAAAAAAGAUCCCAAUUCUCCCGGCGCUUCAAUUACACGCGGAAGCGCAUCGAUUCUCGGCUUUCGAUGUAUUCGAGGAGACGGACUUUGAGGGACAUCAUUACAUAAUCAAUCAACCUUUAGACAAUAGUUCGGAGAAUCGAGCGUACCAGGAUUUUGGUGUUGAAGCGUUUAAAUUGUCUGAAGAAGAUGUUUUUAACCAAAAAAAUCCAUCAACAAGUAAAGAAGCGGAAUCCUCAGAAGGUAUACCACAGACUGAGGAGUCAGAUGAAGGUGUUUUGUUUAAGGCUAAUUCAUACGAUGGCAAAGAUCAACCAACCUUGUUACAUUGGAUACUGGCUCAAGGGAAUAAAGCCUCCUUACAAGAUAUCUUAGAUUACUGCGAAAAAGGAUUAGCUUUGAUCGACGCAGAGCCACUGAAGGAAAGAGAGGCGGAGCUGUAUCAUAUAUUGGAGUACGCAAACAUGCAUGGCUUGAAACAAAUAAAGGGUAUUGAGGAUCGUCUGUACGGACUGGAUCAGCUGUUGAGUGAAGUGAAGAAAAUUGAACGCGAUCAACAUGACCAAGCUGCCUCUCUUAUACAGUACCGUGAUCGUUUAAACACGGCCUGCGACCCGUCUGUGCUUCCAACGCUGGUGCAAUCUCACUGCUGCCAGCUGGAGAAGCUGCUCAGCGGACACCAGGUGCUGCUCGACAUCCGCCGCCGCAUCGCCAACUCCAAGGAUGAACUGUCACACAUACUCAAGGCUAGAUUGGAGGCGGUGCUGAUGAUCGAGAACUCGAUGUCAGUGCAGGACGCGCAUGCGAUGCUGUCGUUCCAGUGCUUCAACCGGCUGGCGCGGUACUUCGGUAUUGUGGCGCAGCUGCACCAGGCGCCCGCUGUCUUCGUGCGUGCCGCUCAUGAGGUCGCACGCAGGCGCGCCUUCUCCACUUCACAUCUCAAGUGGGCGACAGAUCUCGCGGAGAAGUUGCAAAAAAUCCACGAAGAGGAAGUGAACCGUCGCCAGGAGUUCAACUCCCUGUUCGAGGGUCAUUUCCUGAAGAACCUGUUCCCCGGCAUGACGGAGCUGCCGCCCGCGUACGCGACGCAGGCGCCCCCUGUCUUCGACGCGCGACUGCCAAACAUCAGUGACGAAGAUGUCGACUAUAUAUCCAAUACUUUCCCAGAAUUAGCUAAAGAUGUACCUCAGUACGAUAUGGAGACGACAGUCAAGUUCUUUCAUCAAAGAUUAACCGCAUCAGAUCAUGAAGAACGAGACAUCGAUAUUCAAGUUGACCUAGAUAAGGACUUUGAAUCGGAGACGGAAACAGGUGAUUUCGAAAAGCUGAGUCGACAAAGCGGUUUGUCGAAGCAAAAGAUGGAUAUAUCGACGACGUGCGCGCCUGAAACUCUGGCUGUAUCCACGUUGACAGAGGACAAUAUGGAUACUCAUAAAAUAAACAUCGAAAAGCUGCAAGACUUUCUAAGUAAACUAUGCAAUCUUUGUAAAGUUAAUAUAUUGUAUAUAAAAGAAGAAUUAGUUAAAUUAAAAAUAGAUAUUGACGAACAGAAGAAAUACAUGUCCGGGAAAUAUUUGGAAGUUAUAAAAGAAUGGGAGAAGAGUAAUUCCAAGGCAGCUGUAAGAUUCCGAGAGCAGACACAAAGGCUGACGGUGGAUCAUGAAUUGGAAAUGAGCGAUAUGAAAGCGUCUCUAACUGAUAAAGAUGAAAUAAUUAAUUGUCUUAAAAGAGAACAUGAAGAAAUUAAAAUGCAACAUGAAAUUGAUAUAAAAAGAUUGGAAACGGAGUGUCAGAGUUAUAAGGAAUUGGUUGAGAAAACUAGAGAAGAAUUAAAAGCAGUGGAGAAGAAUUUAGAAGACAUAGAAGCACAAAAACAAAAGAUGCACAUGGAUUUCAAAGCUGAAAUAGAAGUUAUGCGUUCAAGAUUUAGGUUUGUAGCACUUACAAAUAUGGACAGAUCGCCGUCAGAAUCUAGUUUAGAGAAGAUAGAACGUGCUGAUGUCAUAGAGAUCAACAGUCACAACGCAAUCGUGAUGCAGACGAAGGAGAACGCGGAGGUGGAGAAGGAAGAAGCAGUCAGAGUCGCAGUGGAGAAAUGUAAAGCGGAGUGUGAACAGAAGAUUAGUGCAGAAGUCGCGCUGCUUAAAGCGAAAUUCGAAGCUGAUAAGCAGGUGACUGUGAACGAGGUAACUCGACGCUUGCUGACCGAGAAGGAUCGUCAGUUGGAGGCGGGGCGCGAGCGCGAGGCGGCACUGCUGCGGGAGUGCGGCAAGCACCGCGACACCAUCCGACAGCUCACCGACCCCGACACAGAUACAGCAGACACCAUGCUUAAGACACAGCUUGCAACUCUCGAAAACGAAAAAGCGGCACUACAUACUCAAAUUGUGGAGCUAAAGAAAGAACUGGAAAAGAAGAAUGACGAAGGAGACAAAAGUAGAGAAGAUGACAGUGAAGGAAGUAGAUCGUCCCCGAAACGCGAGGAGUCGUGUGUGCGGCGCGGUCGCGCACGCUGCCACACGCCGUGCGGGCUGGCGGCGGGCGCGCUCAGCCUCUCCUCCUGCCUGCCCGGACAUACCGUGCUGCUGCUCUGGGACCCUGCACACCUCAACUACACAGUCAUGCAGGAGGCGUCUAUGAUGUACUUCGUGCACAGCGACUGUCUGCCGGCAUUAGACCUCAGCAUCCACGUAAAGAACGAGAGCGAGCGCCGUCUUUACACUGUCGCCACCGUCGACUCCAAGGAGUUCUGCUACGCCAAGAAGAACGGCAACCGGUACCAGAUGCCGCGCGGGUCGCGGUUCUACCGCGUGCGCGUGCGUCCCCUGCGCCCGCACCUGCCGCUGCCGCCCUGCUGCGACCUGCGACACAAGCAGGAUGCAAUGAAGGGCGGCGUUCUGUCCAUGCUCGCUGAGAACAGACCGCUCAAGAAGUGGUUGACCUACAUGCAUGCUCCAGAUAUCCAAAAAUCAGUGGAUACCAGCCAGUCAACCAGUUCUAACACGGACGAGGCGUGUCGGGUGGGCGGAGUAAGUGAAGUGGGCGGGGUCGGUGAGGUGGCCACCGCGACUCUCAUCAACCUGGAGUCCCCUGUGGCAGCCGAGGGCGAGGCGCAAGCGGAGGCAGAGGACCAGCUCGACUCCAUCGAGGCUAGUGACCAGUGGAACAGCGCCAGGAUGCAUAUGUCUACUGUCAGCGCUGUUACGGACAUGGAGUGCAGUGUGGGUCGAUGCGCCGGCGCCGAGCUGGAGCUAGCGCAGGAGGCGGCGCCCUGACAGCGCGCCCCGCCCCAAGCUCCGCCCCGUGCCCUGCCCCAUGCCUCUGGUACGCCUCGCAACGACAUUACCUAGUACACACUGCGUACGUCACAUAAAUAAUAAUAAUGAAACUGAACAGCUGACCAUAACUAAGCUGUCAGUGCAAACCACAGAUAACAGUUUUAAUCUUAAAAGACUGUGUUGCCGUACAAUGGAAAAAAAAUUCCAGACUAAUUUCUUAACAUGCGGUGAAUGUUAUUUAGUAAAAUAACGCAUAAGACUAUGUUAUAUUUGGCAUUAAGCAAUAAUUAUGUAAAAAUUCUUCGAAGCUAUUUUCAUGUCAAACUUCACUAAUUAUUUAUUAGUGAAGUGUUCGGUGUUUUUGACUGAAAUUAAUCGAAAUGUGAUGAGGACAAAGCCAUCUAGUGAUGUAAUUCCCAGUUGGAUGGUGACGGGAUUAUCUUUAAGUCAUCAAAGCUUAGACUAUGCUUUAGUGACCAUAAAUAGGGCAGAUUUCAAAAAUGGAGCAAUGGACUCUAUAUAUUUUUCAAGAAAAGAAUUGUUGCCGAUAAAUUUUUGCACUGAUUUAAGGAUUUUUAUGCAGUAGGGUAACUCGUUUUUUGAAGUAAACGAUACAGUACGGGCCGCGUUAAUGUUGAAAGUCGAAAUAUGACUUUUUUGUUGUGUCGUAUUGCGACCAGUCGCAUAAUUUUGUCGCGUUUAUAAGCGAUGUGGAAAUUUUUUACUUUUAGUCUAUGGUAGUGAUUACCAUCGAAGUGAUAUUGGAAGCAAUUGCCUGUUGAAUAAUAAUUAAUUAUCCUAAUUUAUAUAUGGCUUGUAAUUCGCUAGGGAUGGCUCCAUUUUAAGCAAUCUCCUAUAUAUUAACUUAGUUUUUAAUUAUUGAUAAAGUUAAUAUUUUCUUAUGCAGUUUUCUUAUGAAAUGCGUAAAAUUAUUUCUGUAAUGUUUUUGAAUGCUGACAACAAGGAAAUGUCUUCCACAGGGAAGGUUACAAAAACUUAUCAUACGAAUGAAACAUAAUUAGGUGUUGCCAUAACAAAAUUUCCAAUUUUCCUAUAAUUAAUUUACUACUAUAACAUUUUAAAAUCUAAAUCUUAAAAUAUUUAAAACU